AUGAAGUGGGUGUUUGUGUUGUUAUUGUGUGUAUUUGUGUUUGAUGUAGUGUUCGGUUAUGAAGUACCGCCGGCUAAGCUGGAAGCCCUGUACCCAAAAGGACUAAGGGUUUCCAUUCCAGAUGAUGGAUUCACUCUCUUCGCCUUCCACGGCAAAUUAAAUGAAGAAAUGGAAGGACUAGAAGCUGGCUACUGGUCUCGUGACAUCACCAAAGCCAAGAAUGGAAGAUGGACCUUUAGAGAUAGGAACGCAGAGCUAAAAAUUGGAGACAAAGUAUAUUUCUGGACUUAUGUUAUCAAGAAUGGACUGGGCUACCGACAGGAUAAUGGAGAAUGGACUGUUACUGAAUUCGUCAAUGACGCAGGCAACCCGGUAAAUCCUCAAGAUGGAAGUCCAGUCGUAGCAGCACCAUUGCCAAGUCCUGCUCCUUUAUCCGUAUCAUCAGACCAGAACCAGGCUUACUCAGAGCCUGCAGGCAGAGCUAUCCCACCGAAUAUCCAGUACCCCUGUGAACUGUCCCUCUCCAAAGUCAACGUGCCUGGGUUUGUCUGCAGAGGCCAGCUGCUUUUUGAAGAUAACUUCAAUUCUGCACUUGAGAGGGGCAAGAUUUGGACUCCUGAGAUCAAGUUCCCUGGUGAACCGGAUUUCCCAUUCAACGUGUACCUUAACGACCGUAAUCUACAAGUAAGAGAUGGGAUGCUGAUCAUCAAACCUAUCACCCUGGAGUCGAAGUACGGAGAGGACUACGUCAGGCAAUCACUGGAUAUCACUGCCAGAUGUACUGGUAUCAUUGGAACAGCUGAAUGCGCUCGAGAAGCUUCUGGUCCUCAAAUCCUCCCUCCCAUCAUCACCUCGAAGAUCACAACUAAGAAUAAGUUCGCCUUCAAGUACGGAAGAGUCGAAAUCAGAGCCAGGAUGCCGAUCGGAGACUGGAUUUAUCCAGAAAUCCAACUGGAACCCAGAGACCAUAUCUAUGGUAUUACAAACUAUGCAUCUGGAUUGCUUCGCAUAGCCACCAUCAAAGGAAACGCUGAGUUCGCCAAGAAAUUAUAUGCUGGACCUAUUAUGUCCGAUUCUGAACCUUACAGAUCGUUCUACUUACAGCAAAAACAAGGCGUUGAUCUUUGGAGUAGAGAUUUCCACAACUACACCCUUGACUGGAGACCAGGUAGCAUCUCCCUCUACGUGGAUGGGGAGCAGUAUGGUGCAGUAAGUCCUCCAGCCGAAGGGUUCUACAAGACUGCCAGUGAAAAUAAUGUGGCUGCAGCUGCCCAGUGGCUUAGAGGCACUGUCAUGGCGCCCUUCGAUGAUAUGUUCUUCGUGUCAUUAGGCCUGAACGUGGGUGGUGUGCAUGAGUUUGCUGACGCGCCCAACAAACCGUGGACCAACCGAGCCACUAAAGCCAUGCUAAACUUCUGGAAUGCUCGCGACCAGUGGUACUCCACUUGGUACGAUGACAGCAGCGCUCUGGAGGUAGACUACGUCAGGGUCUAUGCUCUCUAG